CCCAAGCUCUCUGCCUGUCUCCUCUGGUAGAUUCCACAAUGGUACAGCCAGCAUCACGCUGCACAAUGGUUUCCAGGCAGUGAAAGAGCGUGAUUCAGCAAGCCACUCUUUUUUUUUUUCCCCCCUUUUUUUUUCCUUCCUUUAUUUCAUUAUUAUCAGACAUUUUGCCUCCCCUUUUUCUGUUCUGCUCUACCCUUUCCCUCAGACAUUCAUUUAGUUCUUUAAAUGAAAACAGUGAUUUACCUUGAAUCCAGCUGCCCAUCUUUUUAUUUUUUAUUAUUAUUAUCAUCAUAAAUAACCCAUUUUUUUCUUGCCACUGUUUGGAAUGUGAUUUUAAAAAUACCACCUACAGUCGCAGUCUGGGGGAAAGGUUUCUGGACGAGGAAAAUAGCUCGCAAGCACGGAAUGGGCUAGUAUUAGAAACCUGUACCAGCAGCAGGUCAGACUCAAAUAUCAGCUAUGGCAACCCAUGCAUGAAGUUGAUGCCUUUGAACCAUUUCCUAUAGAUGAGACAUAGCACAUGCCGUGCUGUCUUCCGCUGGGACGAGGUGAAACUUCGCCAGGCUGCAUUUGUUGAGCAUUGGUCCCCAGAUUUGCAGCUCUUCCUGGGAAGACCUCAGAACAGAACAAUUACAAGUCACCUGGACAAAAUGUAACUUCACUGUCAAUAUCCUAUCCCUGGUAUUUAUGAGCCGCCAUUUCUUGUAUUAUUGUGGUGAACCUACUCUGGAUGUGAAGAUUGCCUUUUGUCAGGUGUGUGUUCCUUACAGGUAAACCAAGGGAUUUGGGAAACAAGUGGAUGUGUCAUAUAUUGCCAAACAUUACAACAUGAGCAAAAGCAAAGUUGACAACCAGUUCUACAGCGUGGAAGUAGGUGACUCAACCUUCACAGUUCUCAAACGCUACCAGAACUUGAAACCUAUUGGCUCUGGGGCUCAGGGAAUAGUUUGUGCUGCAUAUGAUGCCGUCCUUGACAGAAACGUGGCCAUUAAGAAGCUCAGCAGACCUUUUCAGAACCAAACUCAUGCCAAGCGAGCUUACAGGGAGCUGGUCCUCAUGAAGUGUGUGAAUCAUAAAAAUAUUAUCAGUUUAUUAAAUGUCUUCACACCACAGAAAUCUCUGGAGGAAUUUCAGGAUGUUUACCUGGUAAUGGAAUUAAUGGAUGCCAAUCUGUGCCAGGUCAUUCAGAUGGAGCUAGACCAUGAACGUAUGUCUUAUCUACUGUACCAAAUGCUCUGUGGUAUCAAGCAUCUUCACUCUGCAGGAAUUAUUCACAGGGAUUUAAAACCAAGUAAUAUUGUGGUAAAAUCUGACUGCACGUUGAAGAUUUUGGAUUUUGGACUGGCCAGGACUGCGGGCACUAGCUUCAUGAUGACUCCCUAUGUGGUGACACGUUACUAUAGAGCACCAGAGGUCAUCUUGGGAAUGGGCUACAAGGAGAACGUGGAUAUAUGGUCUGUGGGAUGCAUUAUGGGAGAAAUGGUUCGCCACAAAAUCCUCUUUCCAGGAAGGGACUAUAUUGAUCAGUGGAAUAAAGUUAUUGAGCAGCUGGGAACACCCUGUCCAGAAUUCAUGAAGAAGCUGCAGCCCACAGUACGGAACUAUGUUGAGAACAGACCCAAGUAUGCUGGCCUCACUUUCCCCAAACUUUUUCCAGACUCCCUCUUCCCUGCUGACUCAGAACACAACAAACUCAAAGCCAGCCAAGCCAGGGACCUUUUAUCAAAGAUGCUAGUCAUUGAUCCAGCCAAGAGAAUAUCAGUAGAUGAAGCCUUACAGCAUCCAUACAUUAAUGUCUGGUAUGACCCGGCAGAAGUGGAGGCGCCACCUCCUCAGAUAUAUGAUAAACAGCUGGAUGAAAGAGAACAUACAAUUGAGGAAUGGAAAGAACUCAUCUACAAAGAAGUAAUGAACUCUGAAGAAAAGACUAAAAAUGGUGUAGUAAAAGGACAGCCUUCUCCUUCAGGUGCAGCAGUGAACAGCAGUGAAAGCCUCCCUCCAUCCUCAUCUGUCAAUGACAUCUCAUCCAUGUCCACGGAUCAAACACUGGCGUCUGACACAGACAGCAGCCUGGAAGCUUCUGCGGGACCCCUUGGUUGUUGCAGGUGACUAGCCGCCUGCCUGCGAAACCCAGCGUUCUUCAGAGGAUGAUGUGAUUUAGGAGGAAAAAUUAACAGGAGUUAAGAAAUGAAAAGGAAGAUAAACGAGAUACAAAGAUUUAAGUGAAACAAACAAAAUCUUUUCAGCCUGCUUCUCCUACAGAUUUAUGUAAUGCAGCUAAGCUAAAGUGUAUAUUUAACUUAUAGUUGCUCUGCUUUGGUCUUCUUCCAGUAAUGCUUACUGGGGGGCAAGGAAAAAAGGAACUAAAUAAUCCUUUUUUUUAAUCCCCUCCCCAUAAGAUGUAAAAUUAAUGGCUGCAAAACCAGCAACCUGCAACUGUCCUUUUCACACUGGCAUGCCAAGGUGUGCAGUAGUCACUCCCAAACAUAUGAGUGUGUAUCUGCCUUCACUCUCUGUUCUGUCAUCUUCUGCCCAGUGAUGCAGAUAGGGAUGUACAUGCAUUGUUCAUCAUAUACCAAUAGCACAUACACACAGGUGCCAAUAGAAUUCUGUCAGCGCAUGCAGCUGGGUGCCUAUAGGAACAUGCACAUCUGCAUAUGGACUUAAUGUGCACUUCACAACUAUAAAUGGCCCGUUUCAGAUGAACUGCAUAACUACAUCUGUGAUAUUACCAGUACAUAUUAUAUUUGUUUAUUCAUUGAUGAGGUUGCAUAACUUGUAUGAGGGUUUGUGGAAGUGUAAAUAACCACAUUGAAAUGUGGCUCCCUCAGACACUUGAAGAUGUAGCACCAAAAUUUCUGUUGAGAUUUGUAUAUAUAUUUUGAAAUAGUAAGCAGUUUGUAUUGAAAGAAGAAGCCACAGAGCUUCAUAGAAAAAUGUUCAUGAAUGUUAAGACUUGGUAUGAUUUUUAAAGCAGAUAUGCCAAGCUAAAACCAGGUUAGAAGGAAGCACAUGUAUCUUUGCAAGAUACAGGGAACAGAAAUGAAGGGGUUUUUAUACAUGUCUAAGCCUGGAAGGUUUUAUCUCAGUAAGCAACUUUUCCUGCUAAUGUUAAGUGAAUUACCAUCUUAGUUCAUAGAUAGGUUUGCUAUUAUGAAUUACAUGUAUUCACAAUACCUGUGGCUUGUGUGUUAUGUUAGAGUGGUAUGACAGGGUUGGGAAAAAGGCAGAAAAAUAUCAAAAGGUCAUGCAACAACUUGUUUUUAUUUUACUUCUAUGUCUUUAUAGGUUAAAUAUUUGCAGCCCACUCCCUCUCUAGUAUACGUUUGCAGCUUAGAGGUUUUUUUCCCCUUUAAAUAAUUCUCUUGCAGUGAUCUCUACUGCUAAGACAACAGGCCUUCUCUAGGUGCUUUUGGCUGUUCCUUUGCUUGUGACAAACCAUCGGACUCCUUCAGGAAGUCUUAUCAGCUGUGUUACAUGGAAAGGAACCACAGAGUGAGCGGAUCUAAUAUUCCUGUAUUCUGAGUAAUAACAGAGGAUAUCAAUCAGCUAGUGUGCUGGGCUGAAAUGGUCUCAAUCAGGGGUCUUAGGUGAUAUAGUCAGAAGAACCUGACAGU